AUGGAGUGGAUUCGCAUUCAGGUCAAGGGCCAGAGCUUCAUGCUCCACCAAAUCAGGAAGAUGAUUGGGAUGGCUGUUGCUGUUGCGCGCGGCUUUGCUGUGAUGGAGGAUGUCUACAGCACCUUCAACCACGAAUCGGUUGACGUUCCUCGCAUCCCUGGCCUUGGUCUUUAUCUCGACUCGGUGUUCUUCGACUUUUACAACAAGAAGUUCCAGCAGUCGCACCCGCCGCUGUCGUGGGAGGAGUGGGACGAGGAGAUUGAGGCUUUCAAGGCUGAUCAGAUUGUGAGCGAGAUUCUUCGCCAGGAGAAGAAGCACGAGAUCAUCAAGCAGUGGCUGAGCAACCUCUACCACCACAAGUACGAGGCGCGCUGUCGCCACGCGGGCAACUCACCGCUGCCAGCACCGGCAACACAGGACGGUGACAACGACGAAGACGAAGACGAUGAUGAUGAUGAAAAUGGCGAUGGUGAUGAGCAGCGGGGAGAGCAGGAGGAAGGCACGUCGCGGGCAAGUGCAUGA